GAUUCAAGUAGCACAGGUUUCCAGUCCACUCUUUGUCUCCCGACCCCCAUCUCUCGCAACCGUCUACGCUCCAGCCGUCCGCCCGCCAUGAGCACCCCUGCCCUUCCUCCUCCCCCGGCGCCGGUCAGCGAGCUGAACGCGACAUUUGGCGUCCUCCUCAUUGGCUUCAUCUUCGCCGUCACUCUCUAUGGGUUGACCUUCUUCCAGACGUACAUUUACUACUCGCGCUUUCCUUCGGACACGACGUUGUCCAAAUGGACGAUCGCUCUGCUUUGGGCUGUGGACACGGCUACUACUACAUUGCUCUCGCAUACAUUGUACUACUAUCUCAUCACCAGUUUCAUGGCACCGUUCGAUGCGCUUGAUGUAACGAAGACCUUUGUUUCGGAGAACGCGCUUGCGGCGUUUGGAAUCUUCUUAGUUCAGGUCUUCUACGCGUACAGGGUCUUCACUCUGAACGGGAAAAAUCCUGUGAUCCCCGGGGCUAUCUCCUUCAUUGCACUUGUAAACCUGGUCCUUGGGAUUGUCUCGGCAGCGAAGAUUGCGCAGCAGCCGCUCUUCUACAACUUCGUCGACCACACGAUCAAGGUGUUGACUGGGAUUCAGUAUGGUCUGAGCACACUCGCCAAUCUGUUGAUUGUCGGGUCGCUGUUCGUCUACUUGCAGCCCUCGCGCUUCCCUGGAAUGAAGGCGGUGGAUGGUUGGUAUGAGUACAUUGCCGUGUACUUCAUCAACCGUGGCAGUUGCUUCACGCUCCUUCAACUGGCUUCUCUCCUUCUCUUCGUCAUCAUCCCCAAACAGCAGGUCUGGAUUCUCUUCCACUUCGUGACCAGCAAGACCUACGUUAACAGCCUGCUCCUGAUGCUGAACUUCCGCAACGUGCACCACGGCCGCGGGGUCGACGAGGAGGAGAGCCUCAACCAGCGUGGCGAGUUCAAGAGCCAGCCGGGCUCGAGCAGCCACAGCCGCACGCCCGGCAACGCUACCUCACGCAGCGUGCAGUUCGGCGUCGUGGAUACCGAGAGCAAGGCUGCGGCUAUGACCAUUGGUCUCGACACCAUGCACUCGGCCGUUGGUAUCGACGAUGAUGAGAGCGACAGACGCAAGCCCCACGCGUCUGAUAUUGAUAUCCACAAAUCCCACGUCGACUUCUGAGCGUCGAACUGGGAGCUCCAAACGGGUAACGCGAGUCAGUCGCGGGUGGGGUCGCUCGCUGUGCACACGCAGAUGCGACUUCACCCUAGCCGUAACGACGUAUUUACGGUGUAUCUGGUCGGCAUCUAGUGCUUUUCUUUAUCUAUUGAUGAACCUGUCUUAGUCCAUGUCUUGUUGCUUUCCUUGCUGACAUGUUCGCGCCGACUGCUGUGUACAUAUUUCCCGG